GUCAACCCACCAAGCUCUUAUACGUGAUGCACAACACUGAAACUCCCCUGAGCUGCCUGGCUCUGUUUGAAGGUGGACCCUGCCUCGUGGCGGAUGCAAACUUUGAUGUCCUCAUGGUGAAACUAAAAAGCCACUUCCAGAAUGCCAAGGGGCACAAGGUGGAGUGUCGUGGUUCCAGAUACCGCUACUGUGACUUUUUGAUAAAAGUGGGUGUCGUAACAAUGGGCUCCAGUGCCAGAGGAAUAUCAGUAGAGGUGGAGUACUGUCCCUGUGUGGUUCCAGGGGACUCCUGGAAUCUCAUCAAGGAGUUUAUGCAAUCCUUUCUUGGUCCCAGCGUCCCUGAACUGCCGUCUGUGUUUGUCGCCAAGCCUGAAGGCCUCUUCGCACCAUCUGACAGUGUUGACACCAUGACUCAAUACCUGGAGUUGUUUAACAAACUUCGUAAAAUGCAAAUGCCAGGAAGUAAUCAACGUUGAAGUGUCACGUGUUCAUGGAGAGAUCUAAUUUUUUUAAUGUUUGUAUUAAUGUUGCUUUGAUUCUGGUCCUAUGGAUAUGAAUGAUAUCUAGGUAUUUUUGAAAGCUUAGGGUUCUUUAUUUCUAUUUCUUGAGCAUCAAUUGUGUUACACCCCCAUUUGAGGAAAACAUUUUGUAUUAAAGAGACCAAGUGGAGUAAAGUA